AUGGUAACAACAACUUCUAUGGCUGAAUGUCCCAGAACAUGUGAAUGCAAAUGGAAAGGUGGAAAAGAAUCAGUGAUCUGUCAUAAUGCUAAUCUGACUUUGGUACCGCCAAACUUGGAUAGCGGAACGCAAAUCUUGGACUUAACCGAUAACUACAUUGUGAGCCUGAAAAAUCAGGAAUUCAGCAAGGCCGGUUUACUAAACUUGCAAAAAAUAUUUUUAGCUAAAUGCCGUUUGAAAUCCAUUGAGAAAUUUGCAUUCGAAAAUUUGAUUAACCUAGUAGAGCUUGAUUUAAGUAACAAUAACCUCAACACAAUACCUUCGAAUAGUUUCGAAACAAUUCCUGAGCUCAGAGAGUUAAGACUUAAUGGAAAUCCUAUUCAAACAAUAUAUCAUGGUGCAUUUACCAAUACACGUCAACUAAUAAAACUAGAGCUUUCCAACUGUAGAAUUUCUACCAUAGACAUAAACUCUUUUUUAGACCUACAAGACACUUUGGAAUGGCUCAAACUUGAUAAUAAUAAUCUUUCUGGAGUAGAAUCAUCAGUAUUCACUAUUUUACGUAAUCUUCAUGGGUUAGAGUUGGCUGGAAAUCCUUGGAAUUGCACUUGCAAAAUUAGAAAUUUGAGAGAAUGGAUGAUAAGGCAAAACGUGCCAUAUGAUAUUCCUCCAACGUGCGAAAAUCCUGAAAGACUUUCUAAAAAAUCCUGGAGAAUUUUGGAUCUUGAUGAGUUUGCUUGUCCACCAAAAAUUGAAGCCACCAAAGUCAAAGCUAGAGGUAUUGAAGGCAACAAUAUAACUCUAUCAUGUAACAUCGAUGGUAUUCCAACGCCACAUGUUAGAUGGCUGCAAAGAAACAAAGCUAUAGUUAACUUGACAGGUCCAGCUCAAGCAAACCAGAAAAAAAUUUACAUAGUUUACCAAAACACCAAUUCUAGUGAGCUUUUAAUACCAACUGCAGAAAUGCAAGACGCUGGCACUUAUACGUGCGCAGCUGAAAAUAAAGCUGGCAGAGCUGAAGCUGUAGUAAACCUUGUAGUCUCCAAGAAAAAUACGGACGGUCGAAUUUCUCAAAAAGCUUUGGUACUCAGCGUUCUUAUCGGUAUAGCGUUUACAAUGUUGUGCUGCCUCCUAGCGGCUUGUCUUGUAAGUGCACGAAAAAGACGUUUGUUAAAGUGGCAUAAUCCAUCUGAGUGCCGACGCGAGGAUAACUACGAAAAAAUCGAAAUGAAACAGAAAACGUGCCAUAGAAACUUAAACGGUGGCGUGACUAGAGAUAGAGAAGAAAGUGCGUUAGUGACAAUAACGAAGAAAAAUGGUGACUAUAGUGUAGUGCCUGGUACUGAUACUGAUCACGAGGAAGAGGAGGAAAGUACUUUGGAAAUUACCACUCCAGGAACGUCGAACGAUAAGAAGUGGACCAACGAAGAAACUUCAGAUCGAGAUUUGAAAAUUGAAACGAAACCAGAAACGUGUAGAGGAGCAGCUGGAGUAGAAGCUAGAGACAAUAUCAGCAGGGCCUACAGUUUGACGUCUGGUACAUAUAAGUCCCCCACAGUUGAAACGGCCUCGAUCCAAGCUACAGCAUCAGCAUCGGCGUGGAAAUCCCAUCAGUCAAACGUUAACACGAUCUACACGACAGCCAGUGUAAUUUGUCAGGCAGUGCCUGACGUCAUCGGAAAUUCCUCGUUUACAAAAUGUGUGAGCAGCAGAGCUCAAAGUGAAAACGGAAGUUUAAAUAACAUUAACGAGUUAUUUUGUACUUUGCCUAGAAAAAGAGAUUUGACUAGAUACAGAAGUACUGACAGCCAAGCGCUUUUGUUGCCUGAAAGUAGGUAUGGAAGUGAUAGUAGCAAUGAUAGUUUUGCUAGAAGAUUGUCUGUGGAAGCACAAAAAUAUUCCUUAGUGACGUCCUUAGCACGAAACAGUACCAGCAGGCAACCAAGUGGUAGUUUGCUAAAUUUAUCCAGAGAUGAUAAGCCUGUAAAUAUAAACUCCACGCCAUUGCUGGAUGUGAGGGGUUUGGAGAGUCGCUUAUCACCUCCACAGUCGCAACAAGAGCCUCAAAAUCCCUACGAUUAUCAUGCAGCUCAAUUAGAAAAAUUUUUAGAGGAAUACAGAGUACUACAAAAGCAAUUAACUAAAAUGAAAGAAACUUGCGAUAGCAUAUGCCAAGAACAAAUGCGCGACAAAUCACCGCUAAGUUUAGCAACAAAUCCGACGUCCAUGUCGAACAGCACAAAUUUAAAUAGUCGAGUUAAUUCGCCGAAUUCGAACUCGAUUCAGGAUUCGGUUGAUUUUAAAAAUUUCGAGACAGAACUUACCAAAUAUUUGAUGUCGCGCAGCCCGUCGACGGCGAAAAAUUUUACCUCGGGUGCUUUACAUAAUAAUUAG